GUGCUCCCCGUCCGGGGACACCGCGGAGGGGACCGGGGUCCCCCCGUGCCAGCACCUCCGGGGGAGGGGGCGUCACCCCCGCCCCCUGUAACGCACCUGGCAGUGGGGGGCUCCUUCCCCUGCCUCACGCGGGGGUGCCACCUUCUUUUUGGGGUGCACCGGGGUGGUGCUGGCCCGGCUGUCCCCUUGUCCCUGCUCUGGUCACAAAGCAGCUCCUUGUCCUUCUCUGUCCUUCCCUGGGUCCCCGCCUGGCGCUGACCCCUGACCUCUGACCCUGCCCUCGGAGGGGGCGUGGUGGGUGAAUGCCCAGCAUUUCAGCCUUCAUCGGCUGCUCCAGGCUGCCAGGGCUCCUCUUCCUCCUCCUCAUCCUCCUCUUCAUCCUCCUCCUGCACGUGGGGGAGCAGCACCAGCGCAGCCCCCGGGAACAAACCGGCUCUGUGAGCGCACACAGAGGAGCCUUCAUCCCCGCAGGGAACCCUCCUCGUCCUCCCCCGGUGCCCUCGGGCUGCCGUCAAUGGCCGGUUGUGCCCGGCCAGUGCCAGAGCAGGGCAGGGCUGGUGGGACCGGGCACGUACCCCCCUGGCAUCGGGGACAUUCCAUGGCAUUGGGGACACCCCAUGGCAUCGGGGACAUUCCCUGGCACUGGGGACCCCUCCCUGGCAUUGGGGACCCCCCACAGCAUCAGGGACCCUCCAUGGCAUCGGGGACACUCCCUGGCAUCGGGGAUACCCUCGCCCUGCCCGCCCACCCCUGGCGGGUGCGGUGGCACAUGGCUGUCCCCUGCACGUGGCUGUCCUCUGCAUGUCGCUGUCCCCGCAGACCUGGACAAGCUGCUGUCGGACCUGCGGUCCUUCCUGCUCCUCCUGGACCGCGAGAGCCUCAGCAGCGCUGCUCGGGCCAAGGAAAGAUCGGUGUGGGAGCUGCUGGCCCGGCUGCAGAGCCCGCCGGGCCCGUCAGAGGAUGCCGAGUACAUGAUCAUGCGCUGCCUCUCGCCCUCCCCGGGGACCCCGCAGGGCCGCAGCAGCCCGGGAUCCGGGACGGCUGAUGCGGCGGGAGGCAGAGCCUGCGAGCGCCGCCCGGGCAGCGCCCUCAGCCCGCACGGAGGGAACAAAGUGCCGGGCGCCCCCCCGACCCCCCCAGCCGAGGACUCGUAUGAGGACGCCGAACCCCCGGGCCACGGCAGGACCGGCGAUGGCGACAGCGACAGCAGCCACUACGAGUCGUACGGAGAGGAGGAGGAGGAGGAGGAGGAGGGGGUGACGGACCGCGCCCAUUACCUGCGCUGGCCGUCGGCCCCCAGCGCCGAGGCCGAGCCCCCGGGGCGCCCUGAGGCGCAGCUCUGCGGCUUCCUCUGGAGGAAGCGCUGGCUCGGGCAGUGGGCGAAGCAGCUCUUCAUCGUCCGGCACGUGCUGCUGUGUUUCAGGUGCGCCGCUGACCUGCAGCCGGUGCUGGAGCUGGACCUGCGCGGCUGCCGCGUCACCUGCAAGGACAAGCGAGGCAAGAAGAUGCCCCACGCCCUGAAGGUGGCGGCGGCCACGGGAGAGGUGCUGGUCAUCGGCUUCCAGAGCCGGCAGCAGGCUGAGGACUGGAGGAAGGUGAUCGAGGAGGUCAGCAGCGAUGCCCCGAGCGGGCUGGCAGCCCUCAGCGCCCCAGCGUCCCCCCCCUCGAGGCUCAGCAGGUCAGGCAAGGAGGAAGAGGAGGAGGAGGAAGAGAAUGGCACCCGGCAGAGCCCUGCCCACAGCCCGCGGCCCGGAGAGGACACCAAAGGAGGGUUCCUGGCGGUUCGGCUGCGCGGGCGCUGGCAGCGCCUGUGGUGCGCGGUCCGGCACGGAGCCCUGCGCAUGUUCCCGGAGCCCGGCGCCGCGCAGCGCCCCGUGUGCGCCCUGCGCCUGGACGGCUGCCAGGUGUCCCCCGGGGCGGCCACAGGGUCCCCCCAGAACCUCCGGAUCCGAAUCGCCCAGCACGGCCGGGAGCUGGCCCUGCUGCAGGCCCGUUCGGACGAGGAGAGGGAAGCCUGGCUGAAGACCCUGCAGGCCAGGGGAGGAGCAGAGCCAAGGAAGGGCGAUGGGCCCCCCCCGAGACCCCCCCUGCCGAGCAGCCGCCCUGCAGCCGGGGGGCUGCUGCUGCGCCGUGUCCCGACCCCCAACGCCUACAUGGACGAUCCCUUUGGGCAGCCCCCGCCAGCUGAGACCCCCAAACCUCUCUACUCCAAUGCGGAGCGGCUGCAGCAGCUGCAGCAGAGCCUGGACCGGGCCGUGCAGGGGCAGCGCAGGAGACCCGCGUCUGCCGUGCCCACCUGUGCCAGCGGCCCCGCCCCGGGCACCGCCCGGGCCCCGCGGGCAGGACCCCCGGCAGCUCUCCGGGCCCGCCCUGCCAGCGCUCAGCUGCCCCAGGACAGCCCGGGCCUGCCGAGCCGGGAUUUCUCCCGCUCUCAGCACACGCUGCCGCCGCCCGGGAGGAGGGGGACACGGGACGGGCUCGAUGUCCUCAUCGGGAAAAAAGCCUUUCCCAAGCUGGAGGAGAAGGUGGGGCAGCUGGAGAGCCGCGUGAAGGGCAGGCUGAGAGCCGGCUCCGAGAUGAACCUGCUGGCCCUCGGGAGGUCACUCAAGGGUCACAUCGCCGCCACCGCCGGCUCGGCGGGCUCCGAGGGCUCGUUCCUCAGGCCGCUGCUGAAGCGCACCGCGUCAGCCAGGAGCGCCCUGAGGCCGCCCCCGUCCCCGCUCAUCGCGGCCAGGGGGAACGUGAUGAGGAAGACAAAGGAGUGGGAGAUGAAAUCCGCGAUGUGACCAUGGAGCGGGAGCCUCCCAGAGAACACCCCAGAGAAAAACCUCUGUUCUCCUGGAGAACACCGGGCUGCGCGUGGAUCGUGCAGGACCAGCCUGGAUUCAGCCUGGAAUUCAACUUCUACCCCUCAGUAUCGACGCUACAACUACGCACAUCUAUUUUUUAUAUCCGGAUAUAUCCAUGCGCACAUAGCAGCUCUCCCCCCGUGGGUUCCCAGUCUGUCCCCGCUGCGUCCCCCCCAUCCCAGCACCUCCUUUUUGGGGUUCACAACCCCCGGGUCCAACCUGAGGAGCUGCUGCCUCUGUCCCCAGUCCCUCUCCCAGAAUUUACAGGGAUGGGUGUGGAUAAUCCCUGGAUCCAGCACUUGUGGGGGACGCAGAUUUGGGAUCCCAUUGUCCAUCCCCUGGAGUCAGCGGGCCCCGGGCUGGGCCCUGGGCGGUUUUCCAACAGCUGUGCUUGUCAGGGCUUGGUUUUUAUUGGAGAAAUGUUAUUUUUGUUUUAAGAAUUAAAAAAAA